AUAAUUUAUCUGUAAAAACUGGUCAGUGUUGACAGAGGAAAUAGCCAAUGAAAACUGUUGUUGCAAAUACUAUCGAAUCACCUGUAAUUUCACAAAAAAAGAAAAUUUGCCGAGAAAUUCAACCAAAAUGCUGUACCUUGAAGAUUAUUUAGAGAUGAUAGAGAAUCUCCCCAUGGAGAUGAGGGAACGACUCACAGAAAUGAGAGAAAUGGACCUGCAAGUUCAGAAUUCAUUGGAUGGUUUGGAUGAAAGGGUGAAUUCGUUUUUCAAAAAAUGUACACAGCCAAAUGUGAAAACUGAUUGGAAAGAAGAACAGUUUGGAAAAAUUAAAAAGGAAUAUUACAAAACUUUGGAAGAUGCAGAUGAAAAGGUACAGCUAGCGAACCAUAUCUAUGACCUGGUUGACAGACAUUUACGGAAACUUGAUCAAGAAUUGUCAAAAUUCAAAAUGGAACUUGAGGCGGACAAUGCGGGAAUUACUGAAGUUCUUGAGAAAAGAUCACUUGAAAUGGACAAACCGCUAGUACAGAAUCAUAGAGCAGAAAAACGAAAACUUCCAACAUCCUCUGUUCCAAGUCAAAGUGAAAAGAAAAUGACAACGGAAAAGGUGCUGUCAACACUGGCCAAUGAAAUUGCCCGAGAUUCAUUUGGUGGUGUUCGCAAGAGUCAGUCCGCCUCCAACUCACCUAAUAUAUCUAUGUUUAAUUCUGCUCCAGCAUCAACAACACUUACAUACAAAUUAGGUCAUGUAGGGGCAGGAAGCAAUGCAGCUAUAGCAGCAGCAGCUUCACAGGCAAUAGCAGCAACACAACAAGUGAUGCAGUGUCAGGGUAGACGCACACCAAGUAUGAAAGCUAGUUAUGUUGCAAUGACUAAAGGUAGUAGUACAGAUUUAACUAAAGACUUUAUCAAGCAAGAGUAUACCUCAUAUUCUCAGCCAUCAACACCUGCCGUUACCACUGAUGGGGGAAGAUCACAGAGACAGAAAAAACAAACCUCAAAGGCAGCAGCUUUACUGCAAGCUCAGCAAGCGCAGGAGCAGGCCCAGCGGCAGAAACAGCAGGCGGUAAUGUCUGCACUGUCACAGCAACUUACUGGCGGUGUCGAUGUAACUACAACUCCAGAACCAAGCAAUGAAUUACAAAUUGUCGACGAACAUGGCGAACCAGUUAAUUGGCAGGAUGAUCCAAACGAGCCGAGAUAUUGUCUGUGUAAUCAGGUCUCGUACGGAGAAAUGGUUGGAUGUGAUAAUGAUGAUUGUCCCAUAGAAUGGUUUCACUAUGGUUGUGUUGGACUAUCCCAGGCACCAAAAGGCAAAUGGUAUUGCCCACAAUGCACUGCAGCAAUGAAGAGACGAGGUCGGAGAUAGCACAGUGCUGGAUAAAUAUAGAACUGGAAGUUGCGUUUGCAAGUGAUUGCAUGGGGGAAUAAUAUGCUUUAAAAUCAAAGUGAAAUCAGUGCGAUUUAUUUCAUAAUAAAUAUUUAAGAAACA